CAGCUAUGUAACGUGUUUCGAACCCAUGAGAUGGAAAUUGACCAGUGCCUGCUGGAGUCCCUUCCCCUCGGCCAACGGCAGCGGCUGGUGAAACGCAUGCGCUGUGAGCAGAUCAAAGCCUACUAUGAAAGAGAGAAGGCUUUUCAGAAGCAGGAAGGGUUCCUGAAAAAGCUGAAGCAUGGGAAGAAUCAAAAAGUUCAUUUUAACCUCGCUGACAUGAUACAGGAUGCAAUUAUCCACCACGAUGACAAAGAAGCGCUCCGGCUCCUGAAGGAGGGCGCGGAUCCGCACACCCCCGUUUCCUCAGGAGGGUCCCUGCUCCAUCUGUGCGCUCGGUAUGAUAAUGCCUUCAUUGCAGAGAUCCUGAUUGACAGAGGGGUCAAUGUCAACCACCAGGAUGAAGACUUUUGGACACCAAUGCACAUCGCCUGUGCUUGUGAUAACCCUGACAUCGUCCUGCUGCUUAUAUUAGCUGGAGCCAAUGUCCUUCUCCAGGAUGUUAAUGGAAAUAUCCCCUUGGAUUAUGCCAUGGAAGGGACAGAAUCUAGUUCCAUCCUGUUGACCUAUCUGGAUGAAAAUGGCGUGGACCUGACCUCACUGUGCCAGCUGAAGGUGCAGAGACCCGUGAGCAUGCUAACAGAUGUCAAACACUUCUUGUCCGAUGGCGGAAAUGUCAAUGAGAAAAAUGAUGAUGGGGUGACGCUGUUACAUAUGGCGUGUGCCAGUGGCUACAAGGAAGUGGUGUCUCUUCUCCUCGAACAUGGCGGGGACCUCAAUAUAGUAGACAAUCAGUACUGGACCCCGCUCCAUUUGGCAGCAAAGUAUGGCCAGACAAACCUGGUGAAACUUCUUCUGAUGCAUCAGGCGAAUCCAAACCUUCUGAACUGCAAUGAAGAGAAGGCCUCAGAUAUUGCUGCCUCUGAGUUUAUUGAGGAAAUGCUGCUGAAAGCUGAAAUCGCCUGGGAAGAAAGGGUUAAAGAACGUUUAUCUGUCCCUGCCUUGGCCUCUGAGGAGCCAUAUGAGGAGAUUCUCCACGACCUUCCAGCACUUUCCAGCAAGCUCAGUCCCCUGGUGUUGCCGAUUGCCAAGCAAGACAGUAUGUUGGAAAAAGACAUUAUGUUCAAAGAUGCAAGAAAAGGUCUAUGUAAGCGACAGUCUCAGGACAGCGUCCCUGAAGAUGCCACGGUGAACGUCCCCACCAAACCUGAACAGGUCAAGCUGAUGCCUCCUGCUCCCAGUGAUGACCUAGCGACUCUCAGUGAGCUGAAUGAUGGCAGCCUGCUUUAUGAAAUUCAGAAGCGCUUUGGGAACAAUCAGAUAUAUACUUUUAUUGGAGACAUCCUCUUGCUUGUUAACCCAUUCAAAGAGCUUCCAAUUUAUUCCACCAUGGUCUCCCAGCUUUAUCUCAGCAGCUCGGGGCAGCCCUGCUCCUCCCUGCCGCCCCACAUCUUCUCCUGUGCAGAGAGGGCCUUCCACCAGCUUUUCCAGGAGCAGCGGUCCCAGUGCUUCAUUCUCAGUGGAGAGAGAGGAUCGGGGAAGUCUGAAGCCAGCAAACAAAUAACGAGACACCUGAUGUGCAGAUCUGGCUUCAGCAGGCCUAUGUUUGAUUCCAAAUUUAAGCACGUCAUAUGCAUCUUGGAAGCCUUUGGGCACGCCAGGACAACUCUGAAUGACCUGUCCAGUUGUUUCAUAAAGUAUUUUGAACUUCAAUUCUGCGAGAGGAAAAAACACCUAACAGGAGCCAGAAUUUAUACAUACAUGCUCGAGAAAUCCAGACUUGUUUCACAGCCUCUUGGCCAGAGCAAUUUUCUCAUUUUCUACUUGUUGAUGGAUGGGUUAUCUGCUGAAGAAAAAUACGGGCUUCACCUUAAUAAUUUAUGUGCACACCGGUAUUUGAACCAGUCCCUACCAGAAGAGGUAUCAACAGCAGAGCAUUCUAUGAACAGGGAGAAAUUUGCUCUUUUGAAACAAGCCCUGAAUGUAGUUGGCUUCAGUAACAUGGAGGUAGAGAAUCUGUUUGUGAUCCUAGCAGCAAUUUUGCACAUUGGAGACAUUCGAUUCACUGCUCUGACCGAGGCCAACUCCGCGUUUGUCUCUGACCUCCAGCUUCUGGAACAAGUGGCUGGUUUGUUGCAAGUGUCACCUGAUGAAUUGGUAUCCGCUUUAACAACGGAUAUCCAGUAUUUUAAAGGAGACACCAUCAUUCGACGACACACAGUACAGAUGGCUGAAUUUUACCGAGAUCUCUUGGCCAAAUCCCUGUUCGGUCGUUUGUUUAGCUUUUUGGUGAAUACCAUGAACUGUUGCCUCCAGAGCCAAGAGGAGCACAGCAGCACACAGACGUUGGAUAUUGGAAUAUUGGACAUCUUUGGUUUUGAAGAAUUUCAAAAGAAUGAAUUUGAACAACUUUGUGUCAACAUGACCAAUGAGAAGAUGCACCACUAUAUCAAUGAAGUGCUUUUUCUACAGGAGCAAACAGAAUGUGUACAAGAGGGAGUUGCCAUGGAAACAGCUUAUUCUCCUGGUAACCAGACUGGAGUUUUGGAUUUUUUUUUCCAGAAGCCAUCUGGAUUUCUCUCUUUAUUGGAUGAAGAAAGUCAAAUGAUGUGGUCGAUGGAACCAAAUCUUCCCAAGAAGCUACAAAGUCUCCUAGAAUCUUCAAACACAAAUGCAGUCUAUUCCCCCAUGAAGGAUGGGAACGGUAACGUUGCGCUCAAAGAUCAGGGUGCAGCGUUCAGAGUCACGCACUAUGCGGGAAGGGUAACGUAUGAAAUUGUCGGAGCAAUUGAAAAAAAUAAAGACUCCCUUUCACAGAAUCUUCUAUUUGUAAUGAAAACCAGUGAAAAUGUCGUGAUCAAUCACUUGUUCCAGUCGAAACUGUCACAGACAGGAUCCCUCGUAUCUUCCUAUCCUUCUUUUAAGUUCAGAGGACAUAAAUGUGCCCUGCUCAGUAAGAAGAUGACGGCUUCUUCAGUUAUUGGAGAAAACAGGAAUUAUCUAGAACUUAGUAAGUUAUUAAAAAAGAAAGGAACUUCUUCGUUUCUUCAAAGACUAGAAUGGGGAGGUCCAGUCACGAUUGCAUCACAACUCAGGAAAUCUCUAGCAGAUAUUAUCGGAAAACUUCAGAAGCGCACGCCCCACUUUGUUCAUUGCAUCAAGCCCAAUAACUCAAGGCUGCCAGAUACCUUUGAUAAUUUUUAUGUAUCUGCUCAACUACAAUAUAUCGGAGUCCUGGACAUGGUGAAGAUUAUCCGAUAUGGAUACCCUGUUCGCCUUUCCUUCUCGGAUUUCCUGUCAAGGUACAAGCCAUUGGCCGACACGCUUCCAGUCGAGAAGAAACAGCUGUCUGCCGAGGAGAAAUGUCGCCUUGUUCUCCAACAGUGUAAAUUGCAAGGCUGGCAGAUGGGAGUCCGAAAAGUGUUUCUAAAAUACUGGCACGCCGGCCAGCUCAAUGAUUUGUGCCUACAGCUGCAGAGGAAAAUUAUAACCUGCCAAAAAGUUAUAAGAGGAUUUCUAGCACGCCAGCACUUGCUUCAGAAAAGGAGCAUCAGACAGCGAGAGGUCACGUCCAUCAACAGCUUCCUGCAGAUCACAGAGGACAUGGGGUUGAAGACCUACGAUGCCCUGGUCAUUCAGAACGCUUCCGACAUUGCACGUGAAAAUGACCGGCUCCGGAACGAAAUGAAGGCUGCUCACCAUCAAGAGAAGGCGGAAGCCAGAAACAAGCCAGAGGAAGGAGCCAAAAGAGCCGAAGACAAGGGUGGACCCAGGCAUUUCCAGUACACCUCCAUCCCGGUACCCAUGGCGGUGGAUGGCCUGAUCCAGUCUCUGGCCGGCCCGUCCACCCGGUCUCCUUCCCUGCACUCGGUGUCCAGCCUGGAUGACAGCAGUGGCCUCCCAUCGCCGCGGAAACAGCCUCCACCCAAGCCAAAGAGGGACCCCACCACGCGGCUGAGCGCCUCCUACGAGGCCGUGAGUGCCUGCCUAUGGGCAGCAGCAAGGGAGUCGGCCAGUGAAGGCCCCGACGCGCCCAGGGCGCACCAGCCGCCCCACUCUGCGCCCGCGGGGGGUGCGUGCAGCUCUCUCCCCAAGGCCCCCUACUCCCCCGGGAGGGCCACCAGGCCCGAGCACCGCAAGGCCAGCGCCAGCCCGUCCUCCCCGGUGCCCUACAGCCCCCCGAACUGCAGAGCCCUCAGCAGCCCCCUGGACGAGCUGACCAGCCUCUUCAACUCCGGAAGGAGCUUGCUACGCAAGUCGGCGGCCGGGAGGAGAAUCAGGGACCCCGAAGGUUUUGAGACUAACAUGAACCUAACUGGCCGAGAUGAUCCUGGUAGAGCAGAAAUUGUAUCCGAGACUCAAGACAGAAAUGCAAAUAACCAUGGAAUUCAAUUAUCUAAUUCACUCUCAAGUGCUAUCACGGCUGAAAAUGGGAAUUCUGUCUCAAAUGGUUUACCUGAAGAAGAGGGGUUCCCCAGAUUUUCUGUGAGCACCUUCACGACCUCAUCGUGUCAGAGACAGAGAGAGACCCACACCACUCAGGUCAUCCAUCAGCUGAGGCUCUCGGAGAACGAAAGCGUGGCCCUGCAGGAGCUCCUGGACUGGAGGCGGAAGCUCUGCGAGGGGAGAGGAGACUGGCAGCACCUCCUGCAGCCCUCGGAGCCCAGGGCGCCGCCCCCUCCUCCUUGCAAGAAGCCCACGCUGGUGAAGAAGCCCGACGGGGCCUCCUGCGGCCGGCUGCCUUCCGAGCUGUGGGACUCCACCAUGUGA